CAAUAUCAGAGUAACCGGGAUCGACGGACGCCAGGAUGAAACGAGACUUUUAGUAGAAAUUAAGUAGAAUUAAGAGCCUGCUUUAAGUAGAAAAAUCGUGAUGUUCAUGAUCGUAUGUAUAUUCCUACACGUAGGUACAUUCUCAGCUAUUGGAACUAUCUAUAUUGAUCGACGUAACGACUUUCACAUGUUAUACAGAUGAUGGAGUGCUAUUGGAUUCACGUGUCCUAGAGAACCCUGAAGCGAAUAUAUGGGAGAACAGCGGCAAGUACCAGGGAGACAUAGUCCUCGACGAUGAGCAGAUCGAAGCCUUGGUGGCAGGCUUUGCUGGCGGCGGCUCUAGGGCAGCGUAUGUCGUGCCCAAUAGGACGUGGCCAGGAAACGUGAUGGUAUACGAGUUUGGUGCUAAUGAGUUCAAUGCUGCUCAACAGCAAGCUAUUUUACGAGCCAUGGGAUGGGUCGAGCAUUUCUCGUGCGUCCGGUUCCGUUUGCGACGACCAAACGAACAGAACUACGUGCUGAUCACUGGAAGACCCACGGGUUGCUACGCACGCAUCGGCUUCCACGCCACUGGGCACAUCCACACCCUCAACCUGGCCCGCAACGAGCCGGGGCGCGGCUGCCUGAACAACAUCGUCAUCAUCCACGAACUGCUACACAACCUCGGCUUCUUCCACAUGCAGUCCGCUUACGAAAGAUACAACUAUGUACGCAUUAACUGGGCUAACAUUCGACAAGGCAUGGCUCACAACUUUUAUCGUUGGCCGCGUAACUCUGUCAACCUGUUAAACCUGCCAUAUGAGUACCAGAGCUCCAUGCACUACAGCACCCACGCGUUCAGUAUUAACGGGAGACCAACUAUCGAAGCUACAAGGAGUUUCCCGGGAACGAUGGGUCACAUGGUCUACGUCACCCACUGGGACUGGGUGAGGUUGCGCCGGCACUACAACUGCCCUGGAGCGUGGAAUGAGAGAGACAUGCAGGAAUUAAAGGAAGAGGUGGAGCGCACACUACCUCUAAUGCUCGCUGUACCACCAACAACGGCUGACAAGAUCGAAGAUGGCGACGAUGAACAAAUGAUUGUUGACGAAGCAAAAUAAAUGAGAUAUUUACUCGUAAAAACAAAUAAUGUAUCUAUUAUUUAAAAACUAGCGGACGCGCGCGAUUUCGUCCGCGUGAACCUACCCCUACCCUAAGUAUCCUAUGCCCGUCUCCUGGUUCUAAGCUAC